AUGGGUACUGUGGUGUCACGUGCUGUAGGAAAGGUGAACCAGUAUAUAACACAACAAUACAUAUCUAGUCAGUUCUCAGUGUCUGAUAAAUGGAUUGAAUGUCCGGCGUGCUGUCGUACAUUCGAUUUUCCGAAGAUUCUGCCUUGCUAUCACUCUGUUUGCCUCCGUUGUUUACAUGUGAAAGAGGAAACAAUAAACUGUCCGUUAUGCAAAAUGUUACACAAAGUUCCUCCUGCUGGUUUGGAACUCUUGCCCGACAAUCGGUUCCUGAAUGAUCUCAUUGAACAUUCAUCGGCGAGAAAACUUAUGGAAUCGUCACGAGAAUGCGGGGUGUGCUCUGGCAACACAGCGCAUAAAUCGAUCAAGUCACGUCAAGGUAAAAAACCAAACGUGUUUUGCACAAAUUGUCGUAGAGCGCUUUGCAGUGACUGUGAAGACGUACAUAAAAGUAUACCGAUAACCAGGACACAUGUAUUGAUCUCUGUACAGGAGUAUCGUACAUCCAUUCUCAAAGAAUCGCCUCUCACGAAGUCCAGUUCUAUUAUGUGUCACCGCCAUCCUAAUAAAAUUCUAAAGCUGUACUGUAGAGACUGUGAUUAUCCGAUAUGUGAUACCUGUGUCGAUAAGGAUCACACGGGGCCCAAUCACACUCGUGAAAAGGUUGGUGACGCAAGGGCCAGAAAGGAAGCUGAAAUUAAUUUAAGAAUAAAAGGAGCAACUAAUCUGAAAACAAGAUUAGAUGGGAUUAUGAAAGAUUUGAAUGAAGAAAGUGAAAGUCUUGAGAUGAAGGUGGAAGAGGUAACAGCACAAAUAAACAGUCGCGCCAAUUCUCUACAAGCAGAAUGCAAACAACUUAUAAAGGAUAUAAAAAAAGAUGAAUCUAGUCUUUUUCGGGAAAUAUCAUUGAAUUUCGGUAAAAGAGGUGAUGCUAUUUCAAAGAGCAAAGCAGGAUUGUGUGAAGGCAUGGGAAAGCUAACAAAGUGCAUCGAUGCUGCAGAAAUGUUGCAGCAGGAUGGUCAAGGUGCUGGCUUCUUGUAUAUGGUUAAGCAAGUAAUACAGGAAUUUAAAGAGACAAUUGGGAAAGAUUAUAGCGCAACUGCGAUUAAGGAUUUCAGAUUUGUUCAAAAUGACACGAAUGUAUCUCAAAGCAUAACAGCAGACACACUAGGAAGACUUGUCAUAUAUUAA